AUGGCGCAUCACUUGUCCGGAAGUUGCGUUUAUUUUGGUUCUUGUUAUGGCUUAUUGCAUUUGACAUUGAGUGGGAAGAUGUAGAUUGUCCUUAUUUGAUACAGACUAAUUAAGUCACCACUUUGACAACACUUAGUAGGGUUUCGCAGGAGAUAUAAGAGGUGGAAUCUGCUCAAGCAGCCCAUAUGGCAUCUUCGCAAUGGCUGGAAAUGACAUGCCAUCGGGAUCAGCGCUGCUGAAACGCAGCAAAAGGAGUGUAGCAACGUACUUUAAAGGAGAAAACGCAAGACAAACCAAUCUGCAGAAAUUCCACGAUUUUCUAGAACAUUUACUGGCACCCCAAAGACCAAUUGAUGAUUUAGAACCUUUGGAAUGGUGUAGGUGGUUGAUUGCAGGAGGCUCCACAUUCGAUGAAUUUGCUAAGACAGUCCGGAAGUAUGACAACGCUGUCACAUGUGGCCUGGUCUGGACAGCCCACUUCGUGGCCUACCGAUGUCGGACAUGCGGGAUCUCCCCCUGCAUGUCCCUCUGCUCCGACUGUUUCCAGGCCGGCAACCACGAGGGACACGACUACAACAUGUUCCGCAGCCAGGCAGGGGGAGCCUGUGACUGUGGGGACACCAGUGUCAUGAAUACUUCAGGGUUCUGCCCCCGACAUGGCCCCGACCGACAGCGACAUGCUGUGCACAUGCCUGGAGACAUGAUGGCCAAUGCAGAAGCCAUGAUGCCCCAGGUCUUCCUCCGCCUCAUCCACUAUCUCCGUGACAACUGUAAACCAGACGUGAAGGGCUCCUACUAUGUAACCAUGGAUGACGCGGAGCAGUUCCUGUCCUUCCUGCAAAGCCUCAGUGACAUGGGAGCGGCCAUGAGGCUGGUGAUGGCAGAAAUUCUCACCAGUGAGCAGGAAUACCGGCGGCUGACCACAGAGAAAAUAGCCAACAACCCCUACUGUAUUGAGAGUCAGAAGAACUACGUACAAGCGAGAGAAAUCAUGCCGUACCCUGCAACCUUCGAGAAGUACCAGAACAAGCGAGGACUGAGUCAGAAGCUGCACCAUGUGACCCUGCUGGACGAGCUUGUCUUCUGGAUGGUCAAGUACGAGUUCCCCCAGAGGAUUGUCACCCUGCUGCUCAGCAUGCUGCCUGUCGACUCCUACAAGGAAGCCUUUACGCGUGCAUUUGUGCACCACUACAGUCGGAUCUCCCUGGUAUUGGUGCAGGCGCUUGACCGGGUGACUGUGGCCAACCGAGUAGUCCACAUCAGUGUCCAGCUGUUCAGCAACGAGUCCCUGGCGUCCAAGAUGAUGCGCGAGUGUAACCUGCUGUACGUCCUCGUGCUUAGCCUCACACACAUGAUCGAAGACAUCCGCACAGAGAGCACACUAGAGGAUCCAGACCCAGCCAACAACUUCCACAAUGUAGUGGACUGUAGUAAUGACGUGAUGAAGUCUCACUGCUACUGGCCCAUCAUCAGCGACCUCACCAACCUCCUCACCCACUCCUCCGUAGCCUCCAAGUUCCUGCAGGAUGAGGAGCUGGUCACCAUGUGGAUGGAGCUCCUGUCCUAUCUGCAAGGGAUGAACUUGAAUCAGCGCGAACUACAGCAGCAUGUCCAGUUUGAGGCGGACUCGUACUACGCAGCGUUCUCCGCCGAGGUUGAGAUCGCAGCCUCUCUCAUGUGGUCCCUUCUAGCUCACUGUAAAACACGGAGUACGGCCUCCUUCUCACUCAGAAUGAUCGCUGCUGCUCAAGUGGCCCUUCAGGACUGGUUCCUGGCUAUCAACUGCCAUGAGAAUAUGAAGCCCAACCCGUAUCACCUGACAUUCCACCUACCUCUCCAUCGCUACCUGGCGGUGUUCAUGAUGCAGGCUGUCCUCCAUCAGGGCGUGGUCCUCACUGACAUCCUGCCAGAAGAUGCACUCGUCAAGAAGAUAGUGGUCCAUGUCCUUCAGAUUCAGGUGUGUCUGGCUCAGAUAUUUGCCAACAUGUGGGUACGGAAUGGGAUACAGAUCAAAGGUCAGGCAAUGACCUACAUCCAGUGCCACUUCUGCUACUCCAUGGCAGACGCUGACAUCUACCUCCUACAGGUUUGUGCUUCACAGUUGGAUCCAGACUAUUUUGUGAAUACUGUACUGGAAAGAUUCAACAUCUUAGACUGGCUGUCUUUUUCCCCUGAUUCGGAUCCUGGAGAUCGUUCGGAACAUGAAAUGGCCAUGGUUGAAGGUGCCCUGUCUCUGUUUGCAACACUGCUUGGGGUCCGCACCUACCUAGGUGUAGGAGAGAAGGACUUGGUGAGGCUAGAGAUGGCGUCGCUGCUGUGUAUGAGUGACAGACAACACAGUCAGCUGAUGGACUUGAUGCCGGAGAAGUCUGGAGUGCCAGGACAUGGGAAGGAGCUGUUUGAACCAACACUCAAGAAGAUUGCUGACUACAAAGCUCCAGUGUUUGCCAUGGGAGGAAAGAUGCAGCAAGGGACGUAUGUACCGAAAGCUGAGGUGUGGGAGAAGGAUUACGACCCGGUCCACGUAGCUCUCCGUGCCAUCUAUCGGAAAGAUCUGCAGUCGUCUCUAGACAGAUACACAGAACAAGUUCGCCAGAGUGGGAAGUACACCAGCAAGACCCCGCCGUGGCCCCCAUUCCGCAGCCCCAGCCCCGUGAACCAGCAGUAUAAGGGGCUGUACAGGAUCCUCAACUGCCGGACCAUGCAUGCCUUCCUCUUCACAGUCCUGCACAAGGCCCUAGCGAAGGACUCCAACGUUCCAGAGAGUGUUCUUUACCACUGUGUUCACCUGCUCGACCUGUGUGUCACCUACAGCCCUCCUCAGACAUCACGCAAGGGCUGCAGCCCAGCCAGCACUGUGAUGGACGGCAAGUACCACCGGUGGUUCUCCACGUCCGACAUCAAGCAGAAUGCGUGUGAGGUGAUAAGUGAGGUGAGCUUCCAGAGCCGCCUGGUGGUGGAGACGAACAGCAGUGACAUGUGCACUAUCAGCAUGGACAACGACACCAGCACCCUAGAGGAGAUGUUCCAGUUGGCGCCAAGUGCAGCUUCAUCUAUGGGAGGUCCUAUCACGGCAGCUCAGUUCAACCUCCCCUCCAUGAUCUCAAUUCCGGGACCUUCAUCAGGGACGGCAGCAUGCACCAUCACCAAGGCAACAGGCACCAGCACAGCCCAUACAGUGAAGCCCAAGUACGAAAGCAGAGGCAUGUCGACAGAACAAGUACACCUGUCUCGUGUCAGCGUCAACGAAAGCCUUCUGUCGCUGCUGCUGAAGCUGCACUGCAAACUGUCGGGGAAGUCGGGGUCGUAUGUGCCGAUGUCGGUAAAGAAGAGGGAGUCUGUGAAGACCCUGAUCGGGGACGGUCCUGUGUUUGUGGGGAAACUGUUGGAUAGAUUGUGUGAGAUGAGCACGGAGUGUGGCAGAAUCGUACACGACACCUACCGAGCGCUGUGGCCCGAUGAAACGGACAAGAAGGCACAGGGACAAAAUGUGGACAAAGAAACCAAACGUAAGAAAGCCUGGCAGAGACAACAGAAGUUGAUGGCUGAGUUUGCCUCGAAACAAAAGGCCUUCAUCGAACAGACGAUGGAGGAUGAUGUGGACGAUGAUGAGCCAGAGGGAGAUGAGGAUGUGAUGAAACCAAAAGAGACGACAUACGACUGUGUGAUUUGUGGCCAGGUGACCCCUUCUACAGGAGACAGACCCAUAGGGCUGGUGGUGUUCCUGCAGGCAUCUAGUGUGCUGGGCCACAGGCAGCAAGUGGAUCACCCUCACAUGCUGUCCUUGGACCCCACGUGCAGCCCACACUUCUCCACCUGCUCCGACUUCCAGAAGAAGCGCCUGGAGACACUCAUGAAGUACUUUGAGGAGAGGUCGUGUCAGAUGUCGGUGAACAUCGGCUGGGAGGGAGGUGUGUGUGUCCAGACAUGCGGACAUUACCUCCACCUGGACUGCCACAGCUCCUAUAUGCAGUCUCUCCAUUCUCAGAGCAUGAACCGUCCCGAGCCGCUAGCGGUCAGCAAGGGGGAGUACUGGUGCCCCCUGUGUCGCCAGCUGUCCAACUCUGUGGUACCGAUCGUGCCCGACGAGAACCAGCUGGCAUUGGUCAAACCUGUGUCACAUGACCCAGAGGUCAUGGUCAGAGACUUGGCGGACAUGAUGGUUACAAGGCCCAUAACUCCGGGUUCGGCCAACCUGACCCGGGUGAUGGGCAAUGUGAUGGAGGAUUUGACGAAUGCUACGCACGCAGUAUUCAAGGUCUUCUCACACUCACAGACCUCGGAGAGUGUCCUGCUUUUCGUCUGCUCUGUUGCCAGAACCAAUUUGGAAAUCGAGCUCCUUCAAAGAGGGGGGUCCCUGGACAGUCAGCAGGGCAAGGGUUACACAAAGAAGAACUGUUUCUUACCCCUGAUGCAUGUGCUGAGCCUGCACAGUAAGAUCCUCACCAUGCGCCCCACUCCCUACACCGACCUCUGGGCCCACAUCACGGGGGUCACGCUGUCGGAAGAAUCUACAAGCAUAUCUGUGUUCCACAAAGACGUCCCACUCUUGCUGAAGGAUGCGACAUCUCUACUUAUUCAAUUAAUCCUGACACUCCCCGCAACAAUCAAAGAAGAACACUUUGACUUCCUCGUGCAAAUGUUGUACAAUGUUGUAUAUAUCCAAGCUAUGUCUGUGAUCAGCUGUAAGUUCACCCCAGAGGAGCGGGAGGCGUGGCGGAAGAAGGGCCAGCAUGUGCCGGUGGAAACUAUGGAGGGAAUGCUGAGCCACAUUGUUACCAGGCUGAGCCUCAGUCGGCUGUUUGAAGACGAUGACAAGCACAGUAUACCAGCCAUCUGUCAGAGCGUGUGGUCGCCUCACAGCGUGGAGGACUCGCUACAAGAGUUCUGCCUCCCCUUUCUCAGGAUGGCCGCUCUCCUCAAACACAAUCUGUUUGACCUGGAGAUAGACUCCACACAGGACCAGUGGGAGUUCCAGUUCCUGAGUUCCUACCUGGGCCUACAGAAGAACCAGAGCAAGGCGGGGGCGGCAGCAGGGGCAGGGGCCAGGGAGGUGAACACAACAGCCUGUGUGAGUUGGGCGGUCAGCGAGCCCCUUAAGCUGACCAGGGCCUGGUGUACAGACCUCCUCAACUUCAUCGGCAUGAGACCUGUCGAGGGGAAAUUCUUCCUGGUAAAGCAGCCGACGUGGUUCACGCCGCGACUGGUGGAGCUGCCAGCGCAGUACUACAAGAUAUUCCAGACGUAUCGCAACAAACAGUGUGCAGUGUGCAACAAGGUGCCCCGCGACCCAACCAUCUGCCUCAUGUGCGGACACUUCCUCUGUUUCCGUGACAACUGCUGUAAAGAAGGCAUGGUGUACGAGUGUGUUCAGCAUUCCAUAACUUGUGGAGGAGGAAUCGGCAUCUUCCUCUUGGUCAACUCCAGCGUCAUCAUCGUCAUCCGCGGCCCCCGGGCAACGUUGUGGGGGUCUGUGUUCCUGGACGAGCAUGGGGAGGAGGAUAGAGAUCUCAAACGAGGCAAGCCCCUGUACCUCAGCAAGGAGCGGUAUGAGCUACUCCAGGAGCAGUGGUUGUCUCACAGCUUUGACCGAGUGUGCAAGAAGUGGAUCUGGCACCGAGACAGGCUCUAGGGCUACAACUCCCAGCCUGCACUGAUUGUUGCUGUAACGUCCAUCCACCUGUCUCAGACUCUCACCCCUUCACCUGCCUCCACUCGGGUGGCAACUUGGCCUUUCCCGGUACUUAAUGGCUUUAUGUGUUUAGGGAAAUAUAACUUCGUAUAUAGUAUGUCAUUCAUUUUCUUCAAAAUACACUACUUUCAUCUAAUAUUGUAAUGUCUUUUACAUAUAAUUGUAAGAGUAAUAAUUCUGUUUCCAUAUUACAUAUUUUCAUUCAGCAAUUGCUGAAUCACUAUGAAUACCUAUGGGACAAAAAUGUCUUUUCCAAUAGAAUAAGGAAUCAGUACAAUAGUGUGAUUUUUUUGGACCAGGAAUCUGUGAUCAAGUUUCACGAAGUGGUGAACGUCUAGGAUCUGAUUUAGUUUGGACUUUCCAGCAUUAGCUGACAUGCCGUGAUAGAACUGAUUUACCUGGGUUAUUUAUUUGGUGGGUCUAGGGGACUCAAAGCUUUGAAUUCUAGGAGUCCCAGGUUCAAAGAGGGAUCCCAGAGAAAUGGCAAGAAUUGAGACAGUACUCUGCCACAAGAGAUGUAUUGUGCAUGCACGCACAGACUGUUAGUUGAACAUAGAUAUGGAGCUCUCCUACAAAACUAAUCUACAAGUGCCAUCACUAGAAGAUCAUGAUGCAUUUGACUGUGCAUGGUAUUUGUUUAAUGAUUUCAUGCAGAAUUUUGUGAAAUAGCAGCAUUCAUUCCUAAACAUGAUAAACAAUUCUGCCUCUAUGUGGAUGUACUCUGUAGUCUUUACUACUGAUGCGUAUAGGAUGCAGGAAAGUCUGUCUCUCAGUCUCUGAACCAUAUUAUUUUCCCUUUUGUCCAGCCCUUUCUGUAAUGCAAAUGCUCUAAAUGAAGCAAGUCUAGGUUUUCCACUUCUCACUGGGGUGCCUUUUUAAUUCAAAUGGAGUUAUUUGUUUCUAUCAAAAUUAUAUAUUUUCAGAGACUAAGGUUUAGUCUAGAUGCAGGAUUUUGCUUUGGUAAAUCCCUGUGAAAUACUGUUCAAAGCGGCUUUAAACCCAAGUCACUCUCGUUCUUAUUCUGUGUUGAUGAAUGUUACCAUUUGGCUGAAGGAAGAAUUUCUCUGUUUUGGGGAUGUUAUCUCCUGCUUUGUUGUGGAUUACCUCCCCUUAUGAACUGACGUUUUUGUUUUUCUGAUGGAGCAGACGGGGAAUUGACAAGAAAAUGCCAGGAAUUAUUUAGGCAUCCUUGUAAAUUUAGAAUCAGUUUCAUCUUGCAAUUUAUUUAUUGGAAUGCCAUUAUAUUUCAUUUUUUUCACAGCCACGUUUUAUUUUUGCAAGUUGUACCCCUCUUAUUUCCACAACAGGUAAAAUGUUUAGUUUUAGUUUUACCAAACACCACUGAUAUUUCACAUUCAGAAAGAAAUAUUAGUUCUACUUAACUUAUUCAAUCGUCAAUACUUCACAGGCUCGUAUACACAUGCUCAUGAAGUAUUGAAAACAAAUGCCUACUUAACAUUAUCAAUAAGAAAUAUAGAUGUCCCGAGUUGUAUUUUACGCUGUUGUUAUUUUAACCAUAUUGGACAUACAGACAAACCAUCUGUGUUGACUAGGGGUCUGUUUGUGAAGGAGUAGUAGUUUUUGAUUCUCCCUUCAUGGGGCGACUUCUAAAAAUGAUACCGUAUUUGACGUAAUAAGUGCCCCGCUCUAAUAAGUGCCCACGGCAAUAUUUGCUAAUUUAUUGGCUAGUGAACAAUCCCAAUUAACACCCUUCCGAAUGAUGAAUGUA